CUUCCCCCCAUCACUUUUGAUCAGCACAAGUGACCCACCAUGCCAGUUAUACUCUUCUCCCACUUUUGCUUUCUUCCUUUCCUAUCUCAAACCCUAGAUGACUAUUGUUCUUUUUGGUUCCCUCUACAAGCAUACUCCUGCUGCUGAUUGGAGCUCUGUUUGGGUUCGGUGAAGCUCCUUCGACAAACUCCUUUUCCCUCUGCAAGCCAUGGACAAAGGACCAAAUAACAAAGGUCAACAUGAGGAAGCACGUUUGAAAAGGAAGUUAAUAUUAGAGGAGAAGAGAAGAAAAAGAAUGGCAUUUAGUCAACGUAAUGAACAAAUCUUGCUUCGGGCUCAUCAUGAUAUUGAAAAUCAUAUGUCAAUCGAGACUAAUUCUAUGAAGGCAGAUAGAGAAUGUUCCCUAAGAGCACUGCAUAGUACACCUUUAACAGAUAUCUCAUCCGCGAUUCUUAACAAGGCAAAUGAUAGUGUUGUCACUCCCGAUAUAACUUCAAGUUCUAAAUCCAAUAGAUGGAGUCAACCAAGCAAUCAGGUCAAGCAUGUGCAAAGAAAUGCAGUUGACAUUAAUUUGUUGGGUGUCAACCUUUUUACCAAGUUCUCUAAAUUCAAUGACAACAUCAACAAUAUAGUAGAUGCAGAAAAUUCUACUAUGGAGAGAAAGAAAAGGCCUCAACAAAGAAAAACAACCUCAAGUGUGAAGCAAUCAUUGAUGUCAGAUACACAUUUAAUAAGAGAAACACAUGUGUGUGAUCAAGAACCACAGAUCCCUGAGACUUCUCAUUGUCAUCCAGUUGAUGAUGAUGAUUCAAGUUCUGAUGAAGAAUACGGUCUUCAAGACGAACUUUGGCACGUUGAUGAUGAUGAUUCAAGUUCUAAUGAAGAUUUUGUUCUCGAAGAGGAUCUUGGGCAUGAUAUGGCGCUAUCUAGCACAGAUGAUGAUUCAAGUUCUUAUGAAGAAUAUGUUAUUGAAGAUGAUCUUGGGCGAGAUAUUGGGACAUCUAAUACAAGUAUGUGAGAAUACUAUUAGUUCAAAUUUUGUGUUGGCAUAUUAUGUGCUUAUCAUUAUUUCGUAUACUAGG